AUGAAUGUUCGAACUAUUUGUGCGACAGUACCACAGGUUAUACGGAAAUUUGCCGAAUCGACUGAUAUUGCAGUUAUAUUUGAUAAUGAAAAGGUCACACUGACUUACAAGCAAAUUAAUAUUGAGAUAGAAUCACUUGGUGCUGGCUUAUUAUCAACGGGACUUCAACUAGGUGAUCGUAUCUUAAUAUGUGGUUCAAAUACUUCCUUAUUUCUAAUAUCGACAUUAGCAUGUGCAAGAGCUGGUCUUAUAUUUUCGUUAAUGAAUUCUAAUAUUCCCACAUCUGAACAGUUGAAAUACGUUUUAGAAAAGGGUCAAUUUCGAGCAAUAAUUUGCUUUUCUGCAAGUAGAGAAAUGGAAUUACUUUAUAAUUUGCUUAUUGAAAUAGUUCCCGAGUUGAGGAAUUCUGUCAAAGGCAUAAAUCGAAUAACAUUAGAAAUAGUAGCAGUAGAAAUUAUAAAAUAUGGGUUACUGGUAAUCUACUGUUUUUCCUAUAUAUUGUCAGAAAUAUUUUGUCGAAGUAGUCAAGAACGAAUCAAGAAAUUACCUAUUCUGGAAGAAUGGGAACCACAUCGGCUUGCUGCGAUACAAUUUACGGCUUUAGCCUUAUUAAAUAAGAUCCCUUUACGAGGGACGAAAUUCGGGAUAGGCGGCCGAUUACGGGGCACCAGUGCACCACCUAAGCUUGUUGCAAUUUCUCAUUACCAGCUGUUAAAUGGUUGUAGAAUUCUAGCUGAUUCCCUAAACUUAUUGCGAGAGGAUAAAUUAUGUUGCGCUCUACUAAUGUUCAGAAUUCCUAUUUUCGGUCUCGUUGGUCUAGUGCCAUUUAUAACUCAAACUCUGGUUGUCUUCCCAUCAGCAUCACCGUUACCUAAAUUCUUGUUUGAAUCCAUAAAAAAAUAUAAGUGCAGCCAUUUGUUAACAAAUCCAAUCGCCCUUCGAUUGGUGCUCAAGAUUACUUUGUCGCAUAAAGUUCAAUUACCAAGCGUAACAAAUAUUAUUCUUGUUGGAGAACGAGCGCCAAAUGAAUUAAUAACUUCGAUUUCUCAACAACUAGAAAAUGUUAAAACUAUAAAUGUACCAUAA